UUCUCUCUGCUCUUAGUGUUGCUUGUUAGUAUUUUGGCGUGUACUUUAUUGUAACGUUUUAACGGUUCAGAAUAUGUUUUCAUUCGUAUGAUCGAAUGUGUGUAUACAUGGAUUGUUGUGUCAUUGUUGAAAAAUAAAUUGAAUAAAAAUAUUACCUGCAGAAGUGAACAACAAUGGCUAACCACUACGAGGUCCCGAAUUGGGCUGGGAAGCCACCAGUUGGGUUACAUCUGGAUGUACUCAAGAGUGAUAAACUAAUACAGAAACUCAUGGUGGAUGAAAAAAAGUGUUAUCUAUUUGGUCGUAAUCAACAGCUGAAUGACUUUUGUAUUGAUCAUGCAUCCUGCUCUCGUGUUCAUGCAGCUCUUGUUUACCACAAACAUCUCAAUCGAGCGUUUCUGGUUGACCUAGGCAGCACACAUGGAACCUUUAUUGGUAAUUUACGCUUGGAAGCCCACAAGCCAACACAGUUACCAAUUGACAGUACAUUUCAUUUUGGUGCAUCCACUCGAUAUUACAUAAUAAGAGAAAGACCUCAAACCGGAGCUAGGCCUAUUAUUGAAGAACUGGAGAAGCUAUCUGAAGACAUUGAUGCUGGUGGCUUAUUGGGUCUACCAGAAACAGAAACUGAGUUGGAUAAUCUAACCGAAUUUAACACGGCUCACAAUCGACGGAUUUCUAUGCUUGGUAUAACAGACGACGAGAUGCACAAACCGACACGAAAGCGUAAGAAAAAGGGUAUUACCUUCAACGACGACGAAGAAGUCAUUAAUCCUGAAGACGUUGAUCCAUCAGUUGGAAGGUUUCGUAACCUCGUACAAACGACAGUUGUUCCUAGCAAAAGAAUGCGUAUGGAAGGCGGCCUUAUAUCAUUAUCAGAAGAUCACAAUCCUUUGAAACAUAUGCAGCCGACAUCUACUACUCCUCAGCUCUAUCACGACCUGCCUCCGGAGCAGUUUACGCCGUCUUCUAUGUCAACUAAUCCCUUCUCCACAGCUCUUACUUCAUUGACGUCACGAUUAGGCAUUGCAUUGCCCAAUCCAGCACCCGAAGUGGAGAUGACUCCGAAUCAGAUACAGACAGAGGUACCGCACGUGCAGGAAAUACCAGGUACAACGGAGCCACGAGUGAUGGAGCCGAAGAAGAAGAAGUACGCCAAAGAGGCAUGGCCUGGAAAAAAGCCAAUACCGUCGCUUUUAGUUUAAUAGACCGAGGGAAGAAUUUAUCGUUCAUAUAUUCAUGUAUAUGUAUAAUUUUAUCAUGGAAAUUCUUUAAUUUCUAUAUUCCGCAAACUGAUUAUGUUACAGAAUCGUAUAGAAUUAUAUUCGUAUUAUUACACUUCCAGCCAAAUUAUCAUUGAGCCUGUUUUAAUUAAGAAAUGAGUCAUGUAGGAUUAUUAAGAUAUAAAGACUUAUUUUAUGCUAUUUAGAAAUUAUUUAAAUAAUAUGCUACUUAUUUUAUUUCGUCUCGAAGACUACUAUGUAGUGUUGAAGUAAUGUUAAGUGAAUACGCGAGAAGAUGGCAUUGUGUUACAUUCGAAGGUGUAAAAAAUUUGAUUGUAAUAUUAUUUGAAUAUUCUAUUAACAUACUGGAUGCAUCGAUACGGCAUUGGGAUGAACAAUCGGUACUCGGUGAACAAACUGAAAUGAUCAGUAUACGAGAAACACAUCUUUUGAUUAUUAGAAGAUAUUAAACUUCGUAUGAGAGAUCAUACUAUAUAUUUACUUUAUUCCCUCAAUGCAGCAGCAAUUUUAUUAUUGCUAUCGAUUAUUAAAAUUUUAUUAUGCCUAGAGUUUUAGGUUUAAGAUCUUCGUAUAAUGCUUCUGUAAAUGAACAGCUGCUCGUGGUAGCUUUGUUAUCAUUGCGAGUAAUAUAUAAAGUUUUCUUUCUUAAACA